AUGUCUGAAACAGCCACAGCUACAAGGCCUCCGGCCAAGCCACUCCGCAGGAGCUCGCCCGUUCGCUCCACCGCCAAGCACCACCUCGAACCCAACCCGUUCGAGAAAUCCUUCAGCUCAGGCCCCGAUUCGUCAGAGAACGUCGAGCGCCGCAAGGUCGAGGGCAAGACCAACGCCGUCAGCACGCCUCCUCUCUCCACUCGUCCCGGCGCCGCCUACCGCGAUCGCACCUACUCCAACUCAAAGAACACGUCGCCACAACAGGAGUCUGGCUCGACGCCCAAGCCUCUGCUCCCACCGGUCGCCUCCAUCACUUCACCUGCGGGCGAGACCAACGCGUACCCAUGGUCGGGUAGUCUCACCAGCUCCUUGAGGUCUGGUCCUCUCUCGCCAGCCAUGCUCGCCGGUCCUCAAAGUUCUCACUUCGACCCCAACUCGUUCCGUACCGGCUUCACCCCAGACCUGUCCAACUUCAAAACCGGCUUGACCCCACUCGGAGGCGGCAUGUCAUUCCCACCUCCAUCGCCCAACACCGCUGCUUUCCUCGCUGCCAUGGUCAACAACACCUCAGGUGCUCCCUCCUCGGCAGCCACCAUCACUCCCAACACGCUCGCGGCUCUCACCAACGCUGCCAACGCAGCCACCAACGGCGGAUCCAUGGACCCAAGUGCUGCAGGGGGUGCUCCCGGCGGUGCUCUGUCCACCCACCCCCAGAACUUUGCCGGCAAGCCCACCGAUGCUCACAACGCUUUCGACAUUGCCUUCAGCCGGUCCUUCCCUGGCGACCGUGGUGACGGAAAGCUGGCUGGAUCCAAGCUCAAGGCAGAGCUCAAGGGCGGCUCUUCGGACGGCAGCGUCUCGCAAAGCGUCAGUCCCCAGAUGAUGCAGAAGCAGCUGGAGGGCGCUGCCGGCGAUCAGCAGAACGCCGCUUCGGGUCUCUUCCUCUUGAGCCGUGCGCACCAAGAGAUGUCCAAGCGCGAAGGUGCCAACGCCGCCUCGACCUCGCUGUACGAGUCCAAGCCCAACGCCGCUGCUGCGAAGAAGGGCGCCGCUGCAGGCAAGAAGGACGACGCCGCCAAGCCCAACGGCAACAAGCGAAAGAAGUCGGGCUCAGUCGAUGACAGCACCUCCGCUGCCGGCCCUGCUUCCACGACCAUGAACGCACCACCCGCCAAAGCUGUCAAGACCGCGAAAGGCGGCAAGAAGGCUGCCGCUGCUGCUGCUGCCGCCGCCGCCGCUACCGACGACCACGCUGCUGCCAUGGCUCAAGGCAAGAACUCCUUUUCAAGCUCCAACGGCGGCGGAUCGUACAAGUCGGAGAAUGGCGACGACGACGAUCAGCAGUGGGACAGCGACGACGACGGAGAAGGCAAAGGCAAUAUGGACGCCAAACGCAAGAACUUCCUCGAACGUAACCGACAGGCCGCGCUCAAGUGUCGUCAGCGCAAGAAGGCGUGGCUCGCUUCGCUGCAGGCCAAGGUCGAGUACCUUCAGAAUGACAACGAGAACCUGCAGAACACCGUUGGGGCCUUGCGCAACGAAAACAUGUUCCUCAAGAGCCAGCUGGUGCAAGCUACGGGAGGCGCUCCGCUGCCCAACAUGCCCAUGGGAAUGCCGAUGGGCAUGCCGAUGGCUCCUCCACCACACGGCGUCGACCCGCAUCACUCGAUGGGACCCUCACAGAUGGGCAUUCCUGCCAACAUGGCUCCUCAUCCGGCGUACAUGCACCCAGGAGCUUCGGGUCCUCCCAUGACCCAGGGACCUGGUGGCGCUUACGCACCGGCACACGCUCCUCACGGUGUGCCAAGAGGACCCGGCUUCCCAGAUCACAUGCACCAACGCCAGCAGGCAGGAGCAGGCGGUCGACCCCGGUCCGAGGAGGAUGUGCUGGGCGGCGGCAUCAAGCAUGAACGCGAGUGGAGCUCUGCUUCCGCAGACGGAUCCAAGAAUGCCGGAGCAAGCGCGGCUGGCGCCACCAUCAAGGUGUGA